CAAGCAUGGUAGUCUCUCGUGACUUGGAGGUGGGGAAAGUAUUUUCCGCCAAUUUCGCACCGGACAAUGAAAUUGCUUUCAGACUUGCGGUGGCGGGCAGCAAAGGUGCUGUCCAGGUUUGGGACACUAGUACGAAUAAGGCCGUACGAGAAGUAUUUGCUGGUCGUGUGAAGAUGCCCGAAGGCGAUGUGAAAGAGAGACUUGUUGGCAUUGAACAGGACGAUGAAGUUGAGGAGGAUGAGGCAGAAGCAGAGGAGAAUGGCGGCGAAGGCGGAUGGGAAUCAAUGGACGAAGAUUGAAGUGUGACACUGGAAUUGAAGACUUGACUUCCGUAUAGAAUGUCCCGGGAUCUCUGGCAAGUUGGAACCGUCGAAGCACAAGUUCUCACCCAACCAAUCGACUGGCGAUCAUCUGACGCUCAUUCUACAAGAGACUUCUGCACAGCGAGAUUAGCAUGGCUCAUGACUGAGCCAAGCCGUCCAAAACAACCGUGCCGAGACAGAGACAAGCUCUCUCGUGCAGACUGCCCCAUGGCGGACAUGGCAAUGUUCGAAGCUUACCCAAGCCGCAAGCUGCUGGAUCCGAACGGGUUGCAGCGCAUUACCUCUUCAGAUCGCGAGGGCUUUGGCAAGUAUCACGAUCAGUAUCGUCAUCUAUGUAAACUAUAA